GUUUCGACUUUCAUGACGUCAGUGCUUGCGGAGCGCAUCUUAGACCAGUUGAAUCUUGACGUAAACCGUGGCGCCAGCAUAAACCCCAGUUUUUCAACCAAUACUCACACUAUAUAUACCUAUGCAUCAUGCAUCUGUGUGUUAGUAUAUACUAGAAAGAAGGAAAGUUGGCAGUUGAUAAUCGGAGGUAGACGACGAGAGGGAACUUAGGUACUGAAUAUGGCUGUUGAAGCAGUGGGGAUACCGCAAGUGAAUCUGGGAAACCAGGGACUUCAGGUCUCAAAAUUGGGUUACGGCUGUAUGGGGCUCACUGGAAUCUACAAUUCUCCAGUCUCUGAAGAAGAUGGCAUUGCAUUACUUAAGUACGCCUUUAGCAAAGGAAUCACUUUCUUUGAUACAUCAGAUGUUUAUGGGGCCGACCACGCAAAUGAAAUACUAGUGGGAAAGGCAUUAAAGCAGUUGCCGCGAGAAAAGAUCCAAUUAGCGACAAAAUUUGGAAUCUUGAGAUUUGACCCUGCUGGGUUGGUUGUGAAGGGUACAGCUGAAUAUGUGCGUUCCUGUUGUGAGGCUAGCUUGAAGCGCCUUGGUGUGGACUACAUCGAUCUCUACUAUGUACACCGGAUUGACACAUCAGUACCUAUUGAGGAAACUAUGGGGGAACUUAAGAAGUUGGUGGAGGAGGGUAAAAUAAAGUACAUUGGAUUAUCAGAAGCAAGCCCAAAUACGAUAAGGAGGGCGCAUGCUGUUCAUCCUAUCACUGCUGUACAAAUGGAGUAUUCCAUUUUGACUCGUGACAUUGAGGAAGAAAUAAUCCCGGUUUGCAGGGAACUUGGAAUCGGGAUAGUUCCAUACUCCCCCAUUUCUCGUGGGUUUUUCGGUGGCAAGGCAGUUGUGGAGAGGGUCCCUGCAAAUAGCUUCUUGCAAUCACAACCUAGGUUUUCAGGACAGAAUUUAGAGCACAACAAGAUCUUCUAUAUGCGUAUAGAAGAGUUGGCUAAAAAGCAUGGCUGUAGCGUUGUUCAACUCGCACUUGCAUGGGUUCUUCAAGGGGACGAUAUGGUACCUAUUCCUGGAACAACUAAGAUUAAAAACCUUGAUGAGAAUAUUGGUGCCCUGACAGUGAAGCUGACUGAACACGAUGCACAACAGAUUUCCGAUGCAGUUCCUGUUCACGAGGUGGCAGGGCUGAGAACAUAUGAAACUUUGCACCGUGUUUCAUAUAAGUUUGCAGACACUCCAUUGCCAAACGAUUCCAAGUGAUUGCAUAUUUCCCAAUAUUUGACUGCCUGACUGCCUGAACUCAGUGUGCUUCAUUUUCUCAGAAGAAAGUCUAUUGUAUUGUAAAAUAAAAUGUAGUCUGCAAGCUCUGAAUAAGAUUUCUCAUGCGAGUGCAUAUUUUUUCCCUAAAUAUAUGGAUGUGUUGAGAUGAAACACACACAACAGUGCUCCUAGAGCAUUACCAUGUGGUGCUGUAGCUUGUAAGACUCUUAUCCAAUACACAAUAAUGUAGGCUCGACCACAAAGUUUGUGGUUCUUAUACCAA